AUGGUUCGUGAGUGGAGAAGACUGAAGAAAAUCGAUGAGAUCACUUAUAUGUAUGUUCUGAAACCAGUCAGUUAUCGUCAAAUUUUGAAAACUAAAAUGUUUAGUGGUGAAUGCGAUUCCGAACAUCCGGCCGCCCGUGUCUUCGGAGGACACGUACUCGCUCAAGCCAUGUCUGCCGCCUAUUAUACUGCUCCAGAGGGCUUCUACGUGCACGCCGUUCAUUGUUAUUUUAUCAGAGGAGGUGAGCAUUGAGUCAAUUUGUUCAAAAGCUUUGGAUGCUCCCAGAAUGUGAAAUUUUUCAGGCGAAGAAUCCAUUCCAAUCACCUAUAACGUGAAAAAGAUUCGUGACGGGCGUAACUUUGCAAUUCGAUACGUGGAAGCGGUCCAGCACGGAAAAGUGAUUCAUCUCGCCGAGUUUUCCCUUCAAAAGGUCAGUUCUGAACUCAGAAAGUGCCUUAAAGGACCAGGGAACCCAAAAAUUUUUUGAUUUUUUUGUGAAAUUUUUUUGCGACUGUUUGAAUUGUCUCUUAUUGCCUCAUACACUGGUGAAAUGCUGCCUCUCAAAAAUGCCAAUGAACGAAACGGCAUGCAGUUGAAGUUGAGGCCGUGGCCUAGCGCCAAUGGCCUAGAAAUAUGCGCUUCUCGGCCAUUUUAUUUUUUCCGCUUUUUUCCGGUUUUUUCGCGAUAAAAUCGCCCUUGUUUCACGGAAACCACUCAUCUGGCACUUCUUAUCGACUGAGCAGUGAAAAAAUAAGUAAGUGCCGAACAAAUGUCAAUCAACUGAAAAAUGGGAGAAACCGUGCAUUUUUAGAUGAAAAACCGGUAAAAAAGCGGAAAAAAUAAAAUGGCCGAGAAGCGCAUAUAUUUUUAUAUAUUUUUCGGCCAUUGGCGCUAGGCCACGGCCACAACUUCAACUGCAUGCCGUUUCGUUCAUUGGCAUUUUUGAGAGGCAGCAUUUUACCAGUGUAUGAGGCAAUAAGAGACAAUUCAAACAGUCACAAAAAAAUCAAAAAAUGUUUGGGUUCCCUGGUCCUUUAAAACACCGACUUUUCAGUUGGCAAGUGUGAAAGACACGUUCUCCCUGACUCCGGAGUUUCCCGCCCACGUGCCCGGCCCUGACGGUCUCAUGAGUAACAUCUCGGGAAGACAUCAAAAAGUGGCGGAAGGAUGUGACGCCCGUGAGCUUCGGGGACAAGUGACCGAGAGAAUGGCUCCGUCGCUGGAGAUCCGACCGGUCGAUCUGGAUAUGUUCCUGCAUGGGACCGGCGGAGUUAAUAAAAAACAGUACCUGUGGAUUCGGUACAAGAUUCCUGUUGGUGAGUUUGGAAAGCAGACUGCAGCGCUGCUCAAAGCUGCUUAGACUACGAGCUACACUUACUAUCAGAUUUACAAUCAUUACCAUGCCAUUUUUUCUAGAGAAAAGCGAUUACAUGCUCCGUCACGCCACAAUCGUCUACCUUUCCGACUUGGAGCUCGUCACCACCGGAGCCCUUUGCUUUGACGACAAAAUGUUCAAGCUGCAGACCUCGAUGGAUCAUUCCGCUUGGAUUCAUCAGUAUGAGUACGUUCUCUGAAAACCAUAAUGCAAGUUUUGUCAAUAUUUACUAUUAAAGGUUCGAUAUCAAUGACUGGAUUCUGUACGAGCAAGAAUGCGUCGCCAACUCGAACCACCGCAGUCUGAUCCAUGGAAGGCUCUGGUCGAGAGAUGGAAAGUGAGUUUGAACUGUUUUUUUUUUUGAAUUUCAAGCACAAAACACGUUUCAGGCUGAUCAUGUCGACCUCACAAGAAGCUCUGAUUUACAAAGUGCAACCGAGUAAAAUUUGA